CCUGGGUCUUACAUUCGAUGGGUUCAGCCGGCUGAAGCUGAACUUGAGAGCCGAUGCGAGUAUGAUAUGGAUGAACAAGAUCACGAAUGGCUAACCGGCCUCAAUGCCGACCGAAAACGCGUUGGUUUUGAUCAGAUCCCUUUCGAGUUUUUCGAGAUAGUCAUGGACCGGCUGGAGAAAGAAUGGUUUCAACUCUUGAUUAAACCGGACGCGAAUUCAAUUCCAACUGAAGAUAGUCGUUGUGCGAUCUGUGAAGAUGGUGAUACUGAAAACAGCAAUGCCAUCGUCUUCUGCGAUGGCUGUAACUUGGCUGUACAUCAAGACUGCUAUGGGAUUCCUUACAUUCCGGAAGGACAAUGGCUGUGUAGGAAAUGUACCGUAUCACCUGAUCGACCUGUUACAUGCACGCUAUGCCCGAAUUCAUAUGGCGCGUUCAAGCUAACGGCUGAAAAUGAGUGGGCACAUCUUAUCUGUGCAAUUCAUAUUCCUGAAACUGGUGUAGGAAACGCGAUGUACAUGGAACCUAUCGAUGGAGUGCACAACAUUCCGAAGCAACGAUGGAAGCUCAAAUGUUAUAUCUGCAAACAGACUACAGGAGCGUGCAUUCAAUGCUCAAGCCGCAAUUGUUUUGUGGCCUACCAUGUAACCUGUGCUCAAGAAUCCGGUUUAUAUCUAAAGAUGAAGCCU